AUGGGCAAUUGUACUGUGGUUCCUACAUUCCGUCGCACCCCGGGAAAUUCAAACAGUAACACAUGCCCUACAACAAUUUCCUCAAUAACACAAAAUACAUCAUCACAUUUACCAAAACGUGAAACUUAUGUGGUGCAUCAUAAUUUGCCAUCAUCUCCUGAUUCUCAAUUAUGGAUUGCGAUAAAAAAUCGACGCCGAUAUAAACACAAAACAAAUCGUAUAAAAACUACACGUUAUAAUCUUAUAACAUUUUUGCCAAAAAAUCUUUUCGAACAAUUUCAUCGUAUAGCUAAUAUCUAUUUUGCAAUUUUAAUUGGUCUCAAUUGGAUACCUAUUAUUAACACUAUUUCUAGAAAUGUCACUUUUAUACCAUUAACAGUUAUUUUAACAAUCACAGCUGUUAAAGAUCUCGUCGAAGAUUUAAAACGAUGGCGGAGUGACUCUAAAAUAAAUAAGCAAACGACUGAAGCUUAUGAUAAAGCAUCAAAAAGUUUUAUUGAAUGUAAAUGGGAAGAUCUUAAUGUUGGACAUGUUGUUCGAGUACGGACUGAUCAAGUAGUACCAGCUGAUAUUCUACUACUCGCUUCAUCGUCUUGUGAAAGUACAUGUUAUCUAGAUACAGCUGCUAUUGAUGGUGAAACGAAUCUUAAACAAAAAAGUAUACCAUCUUGCUUUCUAAAUUAUACAAAAUCCGAAGAAGCAAGUUUUGAAUUACAAUGUGAUCCACCCAAUGAUGAUAUUUACCAUUUUUGUGGUCGAAUAAUUCUAUCUAGCGGAUCCCAUGUUUAUCCGUGUGAUAAUAAUAAUAUUCUUUUACGUGGAUGUGUAUUAAGAAUCACAGAAUAUGUUGAUGGACUCAUUGUCUAUGCUGGUAAUGAAACAAAAGUUAUUAAAUCUUCUCGUCAUACGAUCAGUAAACAUGCGCUUAUUGAACGAUAUAUUAAUCGUGAUGUAUUCUUCUCGAGUAUAAUCUUAACCGCUUUAUGUUUAAUUUGUGCUGGUUUAGCAAUUAAUUGGGAUCUUUCAUAUGGUUCUCAGUGGAUGUUUGUACCAUUUCUAGAAUACAAUCCCUUUGAUGGUGUUGCUGGUCGGUUUUUUAUAAACGCUCUAACUUUCGUAAUAUUAUUUCAAGUGAUGGUGCCCAUCGCAUUAUAUGUAUCGUUAGAUGUUGUUCGUGUUCUACAAAUGUAUACAAUAGGACGAGAUAAACAUUUGAAAUAUGAACAUCCAAUAAGUUGCCGAACAUUUACAAUCAAUGAAGAUCUUGGCCAAAUAGGUUAUAUAUUUUCUGAUAAAACUGGUACAUUAACACAGAAUAAACUGGUAUUCAAAGCAAUGUCAAUUGGUGGUUUACAAUACUCUGUUCGUUCUGAAUUACCAACUGAAAACUCGACGAUUGUUCAACAUUUUCUAACUGUACUCGCUAUAUGCAACACAUCAUUUAUGGUUCAUGAUCAUCAAGAACUGAUGCAUCGAAUUGAUUAUCAACCGAAAUACGAAGGCGACAAUGCUGAUGAUCUUGUACUUUGCCAAACAGCAUCUGAUUUUGGUGUCAGAAUGAUUUCGCGUUCUGCACAAAAUAUUCUUGUGCGCCAUAUUAAUUCGACAAAUACAGAAAAAGAAGAUGUCGAAUAUGAAAUCUUAUGUUUACUACCGUUUGAUUCUACUCGAAAGCGAAUGUCGAUUAUUGUUCGUCGAAACGAUCAAAUAUUUUUAUUUAUCAAAGGCGCUGAAACAUCCAUAUGGCCACAUUUAAGUAGUUUGAAUGACGUCCAUAUGAAAGCUACUAUUGAACAAAAUAGUUUGAGUUUUGCUGAGCAAGGCUAUCGAUCUCUUCUAGUUGCUUAUCGACAAUUGACAUUAACAGAAUUCGAGAGUUGGUUUCAGCAAUACGAACAAGCAGCUAAUUCGCUUGCAAAUCGUGAUGAUGCUAUUUCAGAUGCUGCAACUGCAAUCGAAGUCGAACUGAUGCUAGCUGGUCUAACGGCUGUAGAAGAUAAACUACAAGACGGUGUACCGAAAGCUAUUGCAACAUUACGAUGUGCUGGUAUUAAAAUAUGGCUUCUAACUGGUGACAAGCAAGCAACAGCGCUGAGUACAGCACAAGCUGCAUCGUUAGUUAAUAUUCCACAAACGUUAACAUCAGGAAACAGUUCUCUCUCUAAAAAUAAUUCUCCAGCGACAAACUCUUGGGAUUUUGGUGCAUCCGCACAAGCUCAAUUAAAUCAAUAUACUCACAUGAUUUAUUAUAGUUCACAACUCAUUGAAAUGGAUCAACUAUUGCGUACUCGUGGCGGAACUAUGUCCGAUGAAUUACGUACUGGCGAAACGAUCUCUCGUAUGAGCGAAGUAAUAGCUGCACAAAACCUACCUGUUUCAUUGGUUGUUACUGGUGAAGAUUUAGGUGUUAUCCUUCGAUAUAAACCAAAAGAAUUCAUGAAAGCUGCAUGCCAAUGUCAAUCGGUGUUAUUUUGUCGAGUAUCAGCAAAACAAAAACGUGAACUUGUAUCUGUAGCAAAGUCAGUGUUUAAAUAUCGUAUAUUAGCCAUUGGCGAUGGUGCAAAUGAUGUUGGUAUGAUUCGCGAAUCGAAUUGUGGUGUCGCUGUUUAUGGUCGCGAAGGAUCGCAAGCAGUAGCAGCUGGCGAUUUCGCUGUUGAUCGUUUUGAAUGUCUUACUCGUCUUUUACUUGUUCACGGUGCUUGGUGUUUUACUCGAACAUGUGAAUUAAUCCUUUAUACGUUUAUGCACAAUUGUGCCUAUGUAUUCGUUAUUUUCUAUCAUCAAUUGUUCAAUGGAUUUUCUGGCGCUGUCUCCCUUCACUCGUUGUAUAUUCUUCUGUACACAAGUUUAUUCACUGUUCUUCCGCAAUGUGCUGCUGCUCUGUUCGAUCAACACGUUCCAGCUGAACGAGCAUUACAUGAACCUCAGUUAUAUGAAUAUACUCUACACGCUAGAUGCUAUCGGAUUUGGUCGUAUUGGAUCAAUAUUCUAGAUGCAGUUUGGCAAAGUGCCACAAUCUUUUUUAUUGCUUACUUUGCAUAUGCAAAACAUGCAGAUAUUGAUGCUUUAGUAUUCGGUUUUUCAAUUGCAUUCAGUAUGACAAUAACUUCAAUGAUACACGUUGUCUUGCAAACAAAACGUAUUGAUCUAGCACUGGUCGGUUCCAUAGCAUUUAGUCUUCUUGUUUUUCUUGGUUUUACACUUAUAAUGGAUGCUACCUGUAUUCUUUGCCUGAAUGGGCAGAGUCCGUAUCAUGUAUCUUACAUGGCAUUUCGUCAAGGUUUAUUUUGGUUAACCAAUCUGUUUACGAUUAUAUUAGCAAUGUUGCCACGUUUUUUUGUUAAAUGUAUAUAUAAUUCAACGGGAAAUCCAUUAUUAAGAAAUGACCAAAAAGAACAUGUUCCUUCUUCAACGCAAGAUACUCGUUUUUGA